CGCGGAGCACGACUGCGCGGGGCGAGGCCAGCGCGGGUCACGUGAUGCCCGGCCCGGAAGCGCUCGCACCCGAGACCCUCCGUGACCGGGUCUGGGGCUGCCGCUUCGAGUGAUCGCGGAGGUCGCGGGGGCCCCUGUAGUGUUGCGCUCCCCACCUCCACCGCCAUGGCCUGGACCAAGUACCAGCUGUUCCUGGCCGGGCUUAUGCUGGUCACCGGCUCCAUCAACACACUCUCGGCAAAGUGGGCGGACAACUUUAAGGCCCGGGGCUGUGGAGAGAGUGAGGAGCACAGCUUCCAGCAUCCCUUCCUCCAGGCAGUGGGCAUGUUCCUGGGGGAGUUCUCCUGCCUGGCUGCCUUCUACCUACUCCGGUGCAGAGCUGCGAGGCACCCAGACACCAGCAUGGAUCCCCAGCAGCCCUUCAACCCCCUUCUUUUCCUGCCCCCAGCCCUCUGUGACAUGACCGGGACCAGCAUUAUGUAUGUGGCCUUGAACAUGACCAGUGCCUCCAGCUUCCAGAUGCUGAGGGGAGCAGUGAUCAUAUUCACAGGCCUGUUCUCAGUGGCCUUCCUAGGGCGGAGACUGGCGCUGAGCCAGUGGCUGGGCAUCCUCUCAACCAUCGCAGGGCUGGUGGUCGUGGGCCUGGCUGACCUUCUGAGCAAGCAUGACGACCAGCACAAGCUCAGCGAAGUGAUCACAGGGGACCUGUUGAUCAUCAUGGCCCAGAUCAUCGUCGCCAUCCAGAUGGUGCUAGAGGAGAAGUUCAUCUACAAGCACAACGUGCACCCGUUGCGAGCCGUUGGCACUGAGGGCCUCUUUGGCUUUGUGAUCCUCUCCCUGCUGCUGGUGCCCAUGUACUACAUCCCUGCCGGCUCCUUCAGUGGAAGCCCUCGUGGGACACUGGAGGAUGCGCUGGACGCCUUCUGCCAGGUGGGCCGGCAGCCUCUCAUCGCCCUGGCGCUGCUGGGCAACAUCAGCAGCAUUGCCUUCUUCAACUUUGCGGGCAUCAGUGUCACCAAGGAGCUGAGCGCCACCACCCGCAUGGUGCUGGACAGCCUACGGACCAUUGUCAUCUGGGCACUGAGCCUGGCACUGGGCUGGGAGGCCUUCCACUCACUGCAGAUCCUCGGCUUUCUCAUCCUCCUGAUGGGCACUGCCCUCUACAAUGGGCUGCACCGCCCACUGCUGAGCUGCCUGUCCCGGGCCCGGCACCCGGCAGAGGAGGGUGAGCGUGAGAGACUGCUGGGUGCCUCUCGGACUCCCAUCAAUGAUGCCAGCUGAGCCUUCUGCGGGGCCUCUGCUGCCACCUGGAUGGACCUUGUUUGCCCUGAGGCUGAGGCCACAGGGGCUGGUGAGCCUCAAGAGUGCCCUGUCCCCAAGGCCUCACCCUGCCCGUCCUCUCCACAGAUAGGCAGGACAGCUGCUGCCCCAGAAGAUGAUAUGAUACCCAGGUCCUCCUUUGUCACCAUCCCCUGUAGAAAGGUGUUACCCAGCCCCCACAGGUGUGAGUGCAGUGACUGAGCCCAACUAAUUUCUCCAACCCCCUAAACCCCUCCGGCAGCAGUAAAACUAAAUCUUAAAAUGGAAUUGUAGGAACUAACAACCCUAGGAUUUCCUCCUAAAUCAUAAGCUACAAUUGGUUCUCCAAAGAGAGGCGAGGGAGCAAAUUCAAACCAGAACUAAGUAUUGUAUUUUUUAAAACUUGUAAGAUAUUCCUUAACCUUGUCUGGGGCCCUAGGUUUCGCAAACUCAGUGUAUGUUCCCCAGCCCACUCAUUACCUCGUGGCUCUGGGCCUCGGCGUCCUGCUCUGUAAAGCAGAAGGUAUCGACGCUGUGGCUUUGGCUUCAGGGCCUUCCAUCCCCAGCUGGGCCUACUCCAUGGGCCUGUGAUUUUUUACCAACCUGGGAAAGGAGUAACAACCCAUUUAUUGGACAUUCCCCUCUGUCCGCAGUGCCUCCUUCCCAGGCCUGUUAUAAUGUUUCGUGUCCUUGCUCUUACACACCCUCAGGGCCUCUCUUCCUGGGAGAGGUUACAGGGGGAUUCCAGGCAGCCCUUGAUACCAGCUUUUAUGAACUCUGCACCUUCCAUUUUAAAGAGAAGGAAACUGAGGCCCAGAAUUAUAAGUUGUUUGGCAAGAGGGGUAUCCUGCCAUGGGCUCUGGCCAUGCAAGCCACGUGAUUCUGCCGCAGGCUGGGAUCUAGAGCACAUCUGGACCUCAGCCGCACCCCCAGCAACCUGACUCCAUGAGCACCCUCCAGGGCGAUGGACUGACCAGGAUUCUGCCAGUCAGAGUAAUUCUGGCAUCUCAGGAUUGUAUCAAGUGCUUAACUUCUAUUCUCGUGCGUAACAACUUGCACAGGUUGGUGCAGAUCAAGAAAACCAAGGUCCAGAGAAGGUUAAGUGACUUCCUCAUGGAGCCAGUAUUCCAAGCAAGGUUUGCUUGAUUUUAAAUCUGUGGCCCCACCUACCAUAUGGGUCUGGGAUCUUUGGGGAAAAUUUCCUGUGGCUGAGAUAGAAGCAUCAUGUGCUGGUGUCCUCCCAGUAAACCCCCUCCCACAUCCCAUCCCCCACCCCCCUCCCAAGAGAGAAGACUGACAUCAGAGACUCCAAGGAGCUGAGUGGCCCUUCAUUCCAGCGUUCUUCACUCCAUGGCAGUUUCUGGAGCCUCAGACCAUUUUCCUGGGCAGCUCAAUCAUAAAACACCAAAUGCCUCCCUUAAAAUAGAUUCCGGAGAAAGGCAUCUUUGACAAGCAAAACCCUUAGGCUGUGUGGGAAUCCAGCAGGUUAAAGUUUGCUGGGAGAGGAGAGUCUUUCCAUCCCACCAGCUCUGAGUCCCAGGGGCCCCUGAGCAUCUCUGGGUCAUGGUGUGUGUCAUAGGAAGAAGGAAAUGGACAGGAGAGUGGUGGGGACUACACCUGCCUUGUUCAAAAUCAGGCCUUAGAAUGUUGUUUUAGGCUUUGUUUUAAAAAAAUAAAAGGGAAAUUGGCAUGUG